CCGGUUCAACCAAUAAUUCGCUGGGCAUCCAUCAUGGAACACUACCGUUGGACUUCAUUGUUGUUCUUCGCCGUGGUCCUUCAUUCGGCCACGCCAUUCAAGAUACCAGGUCUGUCGUCCGGAAGUCGCAGCCCGCCAGCCAGCAACAAAGCAGCGGGCAGCAGCCAUAAGGGAGCGGACGGCGGCGAGUACGUGGGUCCGGUGUUCAUAAUCAGAGAGCUUAACAAAGAGACUGGCGAGUAUGAUGCGUUCAUCACGACCGGUGGCAUACAGGAGGUGAAGCCACCGCACCCGCACCACCAGCAGCACCCGAACCACCAGCAGCACCCGUACGAGCAGCACCAGAACCAGUACCAUCCGAACCCACAGUACCCGCACGUGAAACAACCGAGUCCGCAACAACACCCGAACCUGCAGCAGCAACAGGAUCAACAGUUGGUAGCGGCCAAGGAAACCGAAGACUCAGAGUACUUUGGUGUGCUGGUCACGGCCGAGACGGUUAAAGCGCUGAACCAUCCCAAGUCGGCGUACAUAAAUGUGUCCGUUUCGGUGCUGCUGACGGCCACGUCGUCUCGGAUGCCUUGGCUAUUGGUGCUGCACCGCAAGGACUACCCGCACCUCUUCGAGUACCAGCAGCAGCAGAAACCAGGGUCACAGGAUCAGCUGCCACAGCCCGGCAUACCCGGCAUGCAGGUGCCACAGCGGCGCAGGUACUACUCGGAACGGCAGCGGCGCGGGCUAUAUUCACGGACCACACCGCAGAACCAGGGACGUUGGGCCCAAGGUUACCAGGACGAGGACGAGGAACAAGAGAGGAUCACGCCGGUGCUGUUCGAGCGCGAACUCUUGUCCACCAUUUGCUACAACUUUGCGCAAGACACCGACGCGGCCGCUGGGUUGGGCGCCCGUUUGGACCGUACCGGACCCUUUUUCGACGCGAACGCGUAUGCCGCGGCCGUCGCUCCGACCACGCAAUCAGCCGCGCAGCCAUCCGUCCCCGAGAACUUGCCCAUGGACAUACCCAAACGCGUGUCUUAGGCCCUUCUCAUCCUUCUCCCGUCCAUCGCAUCCGUUCCACUUACCGUUCGCCAUCCUUGCCCCCCUCGUUGCACUCACUUUUAACGAUUUUAUCCUGUCGCAUAUCAACUAUGUAGUAUACUACACGCGUAUGUUUCAUCAACUUUGUCUUAUGUACGUUCAUUUUACGCUUUUCCACGCCCACGAUUCGCGUGUUUUAUUUUAUGUAUUUUUUUUUCUCUUUUCGUACCAUUAUUAUUAUGUGUAUGAAACAUUUAAUAAAUAACAUUUGCAUUAGAAGACUUUCGGUUUCUUUUGUUGUUUUCCUCCUCGUCGCUGUGUUGUAGUUAACAAAUAAUAAGAAGAAGAAAAAAAAAAAUGAAAAAUCUUUUUUACAUUAACUGA